GCUGUCACAGGUGAGUGGCCGCGUGCGUGACUCAGUCUAGCGCGAGACUGUCUUGUACGAUUAGGACAUUUCAAAAACAUUUACGCGUGAAGUUGUGGGCUGAGUCCGGUUACAUCACCGGAGCCUUGAAAAGCCCCCUCACAUCACCGGUGGGGGAGAAGCAAAGACAUCAGUCUGACACAGACCUCAGCAGACUGCCUCUCACUCUGCACGCGCGAGAAACACGCAAACCUGCGGACAUGUUUAUCGCCAAAGACGCGAGGAAAGCGAGGACGCUGUGCUGCAACAUAAAGCUGUUCGUCCUCUGCCAUGGCCUCCUGCAGUUCUCCCAGCUUCUCUACAGCGCCUAUUUUAAGAGCACCAUCACCACAAUCGAGAGACGCUAUGGCCUCAGCAGCUACUCAUCAGGAACCAUCUCCUCUCUCAACGAGGUCAGCAACGGCCUCCUGAUCGUGUUUGUGAGCUACUUUGGGAAUCGAGUUCAUCGUCCUCGUGUCAUUGGAAUCAGUGGACUGCUGAUGGCUGUUAGUGCCGUCAUCCUCACCUUACCUCACUUCCUGUCCCAACCCUACGAAUACGACUCCGUUUUACACAAUCACCACGACAUUUGCGUCCAGCAGAGCAACUCGAGCAGCUCAGAGUCUUGUGGCCGUGAUGAGACCCUCCGCCUGGCCGACACCAACAACCUGUGGCUGCUCAUGGCCAGCGCUCAGCUGCUCUUCGGUGCGGCCUCCGUGCCCAUUCAGCCCUUUGGGAUUUCCUACGUAGACGACUUUGCUGGACAGAGAAACUCUCCUCUGUAUAUAGCCAUUGUGUUUGCCCUGUCUGUGUUUGGACCUGCCAUCGGCUACCUGCUGGGCUCCAUCAUGCUGCGGAUCUACGUGGACGUGGACAGACUGGGUUGGGGGGCAGAACAGGAGCUGCAACCAGGCGAUCCACGCUGGGUUGGGGCCUGGUGGAUGGGUCUUCUCAUUGCUACCGGCUGCCUUGUUAUUACGUCCAUCCCGUACUUCUUCUUCCCUCGCAGAAUGCCUCCAGAGGACAGCAUGAUGGACAAUGAGACUGACUCCAGUGAUGAUUUCAAGAAGCCAGACAUCUCCUUACUCGAUUUCAUUAAAAAGUUUGUCCAGCUGUUGCUGAACCCUCUGUUCCUGAUACUGGUUCUGGCCCAGUGCUGCUUCUCCUCGGUGAUAGCAGGUCUGUCCACCUUCCUCAACAAGUUUCUGGAGCGACAAUAUGGCUCUUCGGUUGCCUACAGCAGCAUGCUCGUAGGUGCUGUGAACCUGCCAGCCGUGGCAGUGGGGAUGCUGAUUGGUGGGAUCAUCAUGAAGAGGGCGGGGCUAUCUCAGAAGGCUAUCCCACGUUUCUCCGUGGUCAUGCUGACCAUUUCCACCCUCCUCUGCAUCCCCCUCUUCUUCAUGGGCUGUUCCACAAAGAAAGUCUCAGAGGUCAAUCACUACCAAGUUGGACAAUAUGGGUGUCACAUGAACUGCUCCUGCCCUGAAAAUGCCUAUAACCCGGUCUGUGGCUCUGAUGGUGUUGAGUAUGUUUCUCCUUGCCACGCAGGCUGCACCAACUUUACCAAAGACCCCAACAACACACACAGAGUUCAGGUGUAUACAAACUGCAGGUGUAUUCCAGGAAGUCAGAGCCAUGCCCAUCCAGCUCCUUGUGCAAACAGCUGCCCUCAUUUUCUCCUCCCAGUCAUCCUCAUCAUCUCUCUAGCGUCACUGAUCGCCUGCCUCACCCACAACCCCUUAUACAUGAUGGUGCUCAGAUGUAUUUCCUCUGAAGAAAAGUCAUUUGCUAUAGGAAUUCAGUUCUUACUCAUGAGAGUUUUAGCCUGGCUACCGGCCCCUGCUUUCUUCGGCAUGGCCAUUGAUUCAUCUUGUAUCUGGUGGAAACGGGCUUGUGGAAAACUGUAUAGCUGUGGUUACUAUGACAACAACCUCUUGAGGAGCAGGUACUUGGGUUUACAGGUGGGUUAUAAGAUCUUGGGUAUCAUCUUGCUGAUGCUGCUGGGGUGGAAGGUGCAGCGGACCCAAGAGUACAGUCUGGAAAAGAAGUGGAAAGGACCACUGUGAUCCUGCUCAUACCCCAAUUGAUUCAAGUCUCCUAUAGCUUUUCUGCGGUGUAAAACAUUUUGAAGAUGUGUAUUCUGAGCAAAGCUGAGUCACUGAGAAGAAUCCAUAAUCAAGACACGUCUACAAUAACCUGGAUUUCUGCAGGCGCAGUUCCCUGCUCAAUGCCAAGCUGGUUGGAGAGAGAAUAUCCUCCAGUACUGAACAUGUGAUGUUUGUAGAUACAGGUCUGACUCAUAAUUGGGAAUGACUGAAAAUAUGGAUUAUUAAAUGAAGACAGGACAGCUAACAUACUGUUUCUCAUGUGUAACACUGGUACCUCACAAUAUAUGAUUUGCAUCCAAGGAUGUGACUCCGACAGCCAAGAAUCUUUGUAUGCUGCAUGUUUGUAAAAGAUAGACAUUUAUUCAGGUUUCUGUUUGCUUCUGGAACACACUGUGUAACUAAUUAACUGUAUAGCUUCAUAUUUAAGUUAUUUUUUAUAGAUGUUUGUCUCAUAAAUGAGACAUCUGUGAUAACUACAAUACUCAACUCAUUCAAGAUCACGUGUAGUUCUUUUAUUAAUAUACUAAUGAAUUUUUAGAUUUCAAACACAUGUAUUGUUUAUUUUGAAAUUGAAUAAAAUUACCACUCA